GGUGGUUUUGGCAAGCCAGAUUUGUUGAGACGUUUUGUUAUCUAGCAAAUAAAAUAAAAUAAGGAAUUAAAGCUUAAAAUAUACCAUUUUAAUUCACGGCUAAUCGAAUAAACAUGUAGUAAAAUGGUGUUAAAUUUAUUCUUAUCACAAAACCGCAAACCAACGGUUAAUGAUUUUGAUUUUAUGAUUUUUACCGAAAGCUCAGCUUAAGCAAGACGGCAUAUUGAAAAAUGAUAAAAACAAGUGUAGUAAUCGCAAAUGUUGACGCAUUGAAUUGUGAACAAAAAUGCUUCAUUGGUGCCACAGAAAAUUGAAAAUUUUGUUUUUGGUAAUAAUUACAAUCUGCUGCAUUUAUAUUUUGAUUUCGAGCAAAGCGGAUAAUCUCCUGAAACAUAAUAAAAAAGUUCAUAUUGCUGCAAAUGAUCUGCCGUUAAUAUUGUGGUGGAAUGCUAUGCCUAAUGACUAUGGAUCAACAAGUUUAUGCGAUUGGCAUUUUUGUAGGUUUACUACUCAACGUAAACAUCUAGCAAAAGCGAAGGCUGUACUCUUCUAUGGUUCUGACAUUGAUAUAGGUGAUUUGCCUUUACCUCGCUUUCCUGGUCAAUUGUGGGCUUUACUACACGAAGAAUCUCCUCGCAAUGUGGCAUUUAUGCCGUACCAGCAAUGGCUGCAGCAUUUUAAUUUCACUUCAACAUUUAGUCGUUAUAGCGACGCUCCCUUAACUACUUAUUAUUUGCCAAAGGUCGAGAAUUUAACUAGUCCCACCUAUGUAAUUCCGGUAGCUGAUAAAUCCGGGCAAAAUAACCAAGGCUUAGUAUUUUUUAUGCAGUCGGACUGUGAUACAAUGUCUGGAAGAGAUGAUUACGUACGUGAAUUAAUGAAUUACGUUACUAUUGAUUCCUAUGGAGCUUGUUUGAAAAACCAUGAACUACCGGACAGUUUACAGGAACAACAGCAUGAUUAUUUAAACAAUUUAUACUCUCCGGAGAUAUUAAAAUUGAUAGCUCGUUAUAAAUUUGUGUUGGCUUAUGAGAAUGGAGUUUGCUACGAUUAUAUCACAGAAAAAUUCUGGCGUCCUUUAACAGUUGGAUCUAUACCUUUGUAUUUUGGUUCACCAACUGUCAAGGACUGGGCUCCUAAUCAUAAGUCUUUUAUAGACAUAUCAGACUUUAAUAGUCCUAAGGAUUUAGCGAACUUUAUUAAAAAGUUGGAUGGUAACGAAGCGGAAUACAAUUCUUAUCUUCAACACAAAUUCAAUAUGGUGAAACCUAUCGGCAAUGAACGCCUUCUAAAAGAACUUAGGACCCGUAAUUCCUCUUUGUAUGCCAAUAACUUUUUUCAAAGUUUUGAGUGUGAAGUGUGCAGAAAAUUAUAUCAGCAACCCAUUCAUGUUCAGAUGGCUUCAGAAACACAUUAUCAAUGUCCUCAUAAACCCAUAUAUCCAAGCAUGUUUGGAAAAGUACGUAACAAUGAAGAAUGGCGUUCAGCUAUGGAAUUGGGCAAAUGCCAGGCAAAUAUUUUAGAUAGGUUUUUAAAACGAAAUUUAAAAUUUACCAAAGAUAAUUUCACAAAGCUUUUAAACGAUGAAAUGAUUUCAGGAAAAUGUUUAGCUUAAGUUAUAUAUCCACAGCUCCGUAGUAAUCAUUGCAGGUACACAUUCUCAUUUUAUAUUGUUUACACUAUGUCUCACUUGUAACCUACUAUUAAG